CUGCGUGAGUGGUACUUACAGUACUGCAGCCUCAGGAGAGGUGCUUCUGGAGCUCGGAGUGGUGCCGGAGCUGGUGCUAGUGCUUCCCCUCCUAGGCGGGAGCUGCCCUCUCCCCAGCAGCUCCGAGAGUGUUACGCUAGGCGCUGCAGUCUCCGGAGUGGCGCUCCCGGUGUCGUGGACUCUGGAGCUUCUGGAGUUACUGGAGGUGCUGCUGCUGCUGGCGGUGCGGCUGGCGCUGCUGGAGGUGCUGCUGGUGCUGCUGGAGCUGCUGGAGGUACUGCUGCUGCUGGAGGUGCUGCUGGCGCUGCUGGAGGUACUACUGGUUCUGGUGCUGCUGGAGCUGCUGGAGGUGCUGCUGCUGCUGGCGGUGCGGCUGGCGCUGCUGGAGGUGCUGCUGGUGCUGCUGGCGCUGCUGGAGGUGCUACUGGUGCUGGAGCUACUGGAGCUGCUGGUGGUACUGCUGCUGCUGGCGGUGCUGCUGGCGCUGCUGGAGGUGCUGCUGGUACUGGUGCUGCUGGAGCUGCUGGAGGUGCUGCUGCUGCUGGUGGUGCUGCUGGCACUGCUGGAGGUGCUGCUGGUACUGGAGCUGCUGGGGACCUUGCUGCUGCUGGCGGUGCUGCUGGAGCUGCUGGGACUGGCCCUGCUGAGGGGGUUGGAGCUGGAGGUGCUGAGCGGCCACGGCCGUACUACGUUCCGCUCCUUCAGCAGGUUCUUGGCCUUCCGCCCUCUCCUGGUCCUACUCCUCCCCUACUGAGUCCACCGCUUGUCCAGUCGCAGUCACAGUUACAGCCAGUCUCUCCACUUCCUGGUCCUUCUCCCUACACUGCGCCGACGGGAGGUCUUACGGAGCGUCGUGAGCCUGAGUCUCGUCCUCCGUCGCCUGAGACGCAUCCAGAGUCGCCUGUCCGCGCUGUCCGCGCUGGUCGUCGUAUUCCACGUCAGCGUCCUCCUCCUGUCCUUGGCACUCACUAUAUGACCCUGCGUCCCUCUACUGCUCCACAGCGUGUCCCACUGCCGUCUCCACCAGCGUCCUCUCUUCCUGCUCUUGCUGACCCGGAGUCUGACUCUCUUCGUGCUGCCAGUCCUACUGUCACGCGUCUCCUUGCCACUGCUGUCACUGACCCUUCCUUUGAGUCCUCUGCUGCGUCUGCUCUAGUCGCUGAGCUUGUUGACUUUGCUGCUGCCUGUCGUCUAGACUACGCCGCUAGCCUUGUUGCUGAGUCUGAGUCUGAGUCUGUCUGUCCUCCGUCUGUCGGGGGUGAGUGUGCUCUUGGCACGGACGUCCUUGAGGACAGACAGGAGGAGUUUGAGUGCUUUGCCGCUGCUUUGCCUCAUCUCGUGUCCAUGCUAGUUGCCCCUGAGGGAGACCCGGAUGCACCAGACAUCUCGACCCCACGCUCCUACGCAGAGGCGAUGGAGGGUCCCUACUCCUCUCAGUGGCAGACAGCCAUGGACGGAGAGAUGGCAUCCUGGAAGUCCACAGGCACCUACGUCGACGAGGUUCCCCCACCUGGGGCGAACAUCGUCAGUGGCAUGUGGAUUUUCAGGGUGAAGCGGCCGCCGGGUUCUCCGCCUGUCUUCAAGGCGCGUUACGUUGCACGAGGCUUCAGUCAGCGAGAGGGAGUUGACUUCUUCCAGACCUUCUCCCCGACCCCGAAGAUGACCACUCUUCGGGUUCUGCUGCACGUCGCUGCUCAGCGUGACUACGAGCUCCACUCUCUUGACUUCAGCACUGCGUUCUUACAGGGCAGCCUGCACGAGGAGAUCUGGCUGCGCCGCCCACCUGGCUUCACUGGGUCGUUCCCUCCUGGUACCCAGUGGAGCCUCCGGCGGCCAGUCUACGGUCUCCGCCAGGCACCCCGUGAGUGGCACGACACACUGAGGACUACUCUUGCUGCUCUUGGGUUUGCUCCUUCUACUGCUGACCCGUCGCUGUUUCUACGCACCGACACCACUCUGCCGCCGUUCUACGUUCUUGUUUACGUAGACGACUUGGUCUUUGCUACUGCUGACACUGAGGCACUCGCCCACGUGAAGUCGGAGCUAGCACAGCGCACCAUCACCUUGACUCAGUCACACAUGGUGCAGCAGGUCCUUCAGCGCUUCCGCUUCACGUACUCCUCGCCUCAGCCCACUCCUCUGCCUACCGGUCACUCGCUCUCAGCUCUGCCUUCGGAUGAGUCCGUAGAGCCGAGUGGCCCGUAUCCAGAGCUUGUGGGCUGCCUCAUGUACCUGAUGACCUGCACUCGACCUGACCUGGCAUACCCUCUUAGCAUCCUAGCACGCUAUGUCGCUCCCGGCCGUCACCGGAAGGAGCACAUGGAUGCCGCUAAGAGGGUGUUGCGCUACUUGUGCAGUACGUCGGGCAUGGGGCUCGUGCUUGGAGGUCGGAGUGACGUUGUCCUCACGGGUCACUCAGACGCUUCUUGGGCUGACGACCAGGCUACGCAGCGGUCGUCUCAGGGUUACACCUUCAGCCUUGGCUCUGGUUCAGUUUCUUGGCGUUCUACUCGCUCUUCUUCUGUUCUCAGCUCCAGUUGUGAGGCUGAGAUCUACGCCACAGCCAUGGCUGCACAGGAGUUACGCUGGCUCACCUACCUGCUGACCGACCUGGGAGAGCGGCCUCGUUCUCCUCCAGUGCUGUACGUUGACAACAAGGCCGCCAUUGCCUUGUGUGAGGAGCACAGACUGGAGCACAGGACGAAGCACAUCGCUCUGCGCUACUUCCUUGCUCGAGAGCUGCAGCAGCGUGGUCAGCUUCGUCUGCGUUACGUGGCCACUCGGGCCAACACUGCUGAUGUGUUCACCAAGGCGCUUCAGCCUUGUGACCAUCAGCGUUUCUGUACUGUUCUAGGCCUUGUGCCUACUCUCCCUCACUUGCUCACUUCUUGA